AUGGCGACGUUUUUGGUCUAUGAGAGGGCUACCCAGGCGGCAUAUGGCGUUAUAGACCAUAGGGGGCUCUCUUCGAUGGGAGUUACGGGCAUCAACCUUGGUGCUGGGCUCGUCUCUGGUUUGGCCGCCGCUGUCGUUUCUCAACCAGCCGAUACCAUCCUAAGUAGAAUCAAUAAGGAAAAGGCAGGCAGAAGCGAAAGUGCAACCCGCCGCUUGAUUCGCAUCCCGUUCGAGCUUGGGCUACGUGGCGCCUACAGAGGCAUGCAAGCACGCGCUAUCAUGGUUAGCGGCAUGACAGCAGCUCAAUCUGGCAUUUAUGGUGACAUGAAGAAGAGCUGA